CUCAACUUCACGUGAUAUACUUUAGUGUACUGACGUUCUUUAUCCCUUAUUUGUUUCUCUUUUAUCAAAUUUUUGUCUUCCAAAUUUUUAUUUAUUUUAAUUUUAAGAAUGUCAACUCCAUGGGCAAAAAUUCAACCAGUAGAAGGACCUAUGAAUUUGUUGGAAAUAACUUCAGAACAACUUGCAAAUAGCCUACAAGAAAAAGAAUUGAAAAAGUGUCAACUUGUGGCAGUCGAUGAUGUAAAUAUUGAGGACUGUGCAAUAUGUGAAUCAAAUGAUACAGAUAAUGAUGAAGUUAUUGCACAUAUGUUGCAAGAUCAGUUUAACAAAGAGUAUGAUUUAAUGUUAAAACGUACAGAAGAAAAAUUUAAUCGUGAUUCUAAAGUUAAUAUAUCUUAUACAAACUAUCGAACUUCUCUAUGUGAUAAUCAGGAUGAUAAAGAGACAGAUAUUGAAGACACAACCAGGGACUUUGAUAGAUUUGUGAGCUUAGAGAAAGAAUAUGCUUCAAAACCACGUUGUGGAUAUAGAAAAAUGGGUGGUGAAGGAUCUCAAAUUAUUACAAAGCAUGAUAUGUUAAUGUCUUCAAGAAUAAAUGCUUGCAGAGUUUUACAAUUUCCUCCAGGUAUUCAUACAGGAGACACAGGCGGAUUUGAUGUCAAAUUAAACAAUAAAGUGUUCAACAGUUUAAGGGCUCAUAGUCAUGCUCAGUAUUCUAAACAAAAAGCAAAAGCCAGACUACAUGCAAAAUAA